AUGCACAGUCGCGAGUCCUCCGCCGUCAGAGGAAGAGCCGCUGACCCCUCCACCCUUGCCCCUACUCUCACGCGGCGCGGCCACUCCGGUUCAAAGAGCCCCGACGUUUCGGCCGGUCGGCCCCCAGGAUAUGAAGGAUUAGAACGAAUACCCUCGAACUCGUACGGUCAUCACCGCCAGACUUCGAUCGUACACGGCGUGCAGCACUCGCGGAACCCGAGUAUGGCCGGUUCAACCGCCUCCACCAGCCCGCUCAGCCCGGAACUUAUCGCAUCUUUGGGUCGCGGUGCUUUCGACGAGGCUACUCUCCCUGCGAAAUUCGAUCCCCUCGAUUCUCAUUCGGGCUAUUCCUCCCCAUCCGCGAUGGCCGCUGGCCAUGGCUUACCUCCGACGUUAAGCACCAUACAAGACAACGACAUCGAAGUGAUGGAUCCGAGUCCUGCGAAUGUGCUCCACAAACGCAUGAAUUCAGGGGGCAAGUCUAGACGGGAGAGAUCACAUAGUCGGUCACACUCGAAGCAUCACUCGGACUCGAAGACGGUGGGAGAAUAUGCGUUACAUCAUCUGUUCAACUCGUUUGUUGGGCAAGCGGAUAGCAAGAUCAAUCAGGCUAUCAUGAAAUUGGGAGAAUCCGACGCACCUGUGGAGGAAGUAUGUGGCCCUGGAGCGGACCCGACUUUUGAUCAAUUGAUCUCGGCAUUGGGUCACAUUGCCCGAUUGAAGCCGAAACCGUUGAUCGAUACGAUCAUGUUCUGGCGUAAGGCCAAGGGGGAUGCCGCCAUCACAGCACGACAGAUGGGAAAUGAACAGAAGCCAUCACCCGCAUCCGAGAAUGGUCCUCUUCUUCGUCGUAACACCGAGCCGACACAACCUGGUGAUCAGUUUGCUCCUGCAGAGCGGCCGCAGCAACCGACGCCUUUUGUUGCUCGUCAUGAUGAUAUUGCUUUGGUGGAGCGACGUGCCACGGUUUCGGUUUAUCUAGUCUGCAGAGUGUUGAUUGAGAUCUUCAACCAGAGUAGCCUUGCGUCAAUCACACUCGACAUGGCAGAUCGUCUCGAGGACAUCGUAUUUGGCCAGGUGAAGACCUCCGACCCCGAUCAAAUCUCCGCAUCACCACUGCGGAUGGCCAACUGGAGAAUAUACGGUCAAUUGCUGGGCAUUAUGAGCGAAUCGAACUUCUCUAGCGUCGCCAACCGGUUCUUGGGCGAACUCGAUCGCUAUCAGAAGGAGGAGGCUGCCAAGGGUCCAUCUCGGGAUGGUGAUUCAAAGGCAGAAUUGUUGAUUCUUUGCAUGAGAUAUCUCCGUCUUCCCACGAACCCUGAAGGAUGGCCAAAGUCUUGCGACUUUAUGCGAUCUCUAGCACGAUUGUUUGUCAAUGCUCACGGGCAGCGCAUCAAACAGGCCUACUGCUAUGUGAUCGAAAAGCUUCUUCUCCCCGUCGCUGCAAACCCCAGUUGCGAUCUUUCCCUGCCUCGGUGGAAGGAAUUCUUAGAUCUAGUCCAGCCGCGUCUGAUGCAGCUUCUCGCCAAGCCUCGCCAUUGGGCGGCUUCAUUCUCAUUAAAUGUCCUAUUACUCUGCAUCUCCAAUAAGGAGACUUUCUCCUCCCAGUGGCUUUCGAUGAUCUCGAGCUUGCCUGCACGACUGAAGGACCGUCCCACCCGUGCACCCGCCCUCCAUGCCAUUUGUCGUCUAGUCUGGACAUACUUCUUCCGUUUCUCUGACUCACCUACGACAACACUUCGCAAGGUUGAAGAAGUGGCGAAAAUUGCUCUUCCAACUGGACGUCGAACCUACUUAAGCGCAGAGCCGGUCUUUGCCGAUCCCUUGAUACAACUGAUUCAAAUAAUUGGAUUCAAGCACCCUGAUGUCUGUUUCCGAAAUAUCAUAUUCCCAUUGAUCAACUCCGACCUCUUCUUGUCUGGCAGAGAAUUGAAGAUUGAACAGAUGGAGCCCGAGAAAAUGGUCAUUGGCAUCCGUGCCUUUUUGGCUACUAUGUCUGAUUUGGAGACAAGCGAUCAACUGUGUCCUCCGAUCCCUACUGGGUCGCUACCUAAUCCUUUCACCGAUACCUCGACUCCUAUGUAUUUCCACAGGCCACAACUGCUUGCGGAGCACACCGCGGCGAGUGCAACUGAAAAGCAAGAUCCAAACUUAUGGCAACCUGUCAACACAGCGAGACUGAGUGAAAACGUGAAGGAGUACUAUUUCCGUUUCUGUGAAGUGCUGGGCAAGAUCACUUUACUAUGUGACAAUACAUUCGGUGGGCAGGCAGUUCUAGACGAAAAAUUCGGUGGGGCUACCCCGAAGACACCGAUUUCGGAAGCUUUCAGUUUCGGACGACGUGAUGAUCAUCUCACUACGCUGGAUCAGAAGCAGGGCUUCUACGACUUACUCCAUGUGGCGGUUCAAGCCCUUCCACGUUGUCUCUCUGACCACAUUCCAUUCAAUUCUCUCAUCAACCUGCUUUGCACGGGAACUGCUCACGUGCAGUCCAAUAUUGCGACUUCAUCGGCAGAGUCUUUGAAGGCUAUUGCGAGGCAAUUACAUGCACAGCAGGUCACCAUUGGAUUUGCUAGGUUCAUCUUCAACUUUGAUGAGCGUUAUUCCACCAUGUCAGAUGAGGGAAUGCUUGGACCAGGCCAUAUUGAGUCGACUCUACGGCUGUACGUUGAAUUGCUGCAGAUUUGGAUUGAUGAGAUCAAGCAAAAAACAAAGGGCGCAGCUAUAGACCAGCUGGAGAGAUCCAUCUCCGGCAGCCGAGCGCUACAUCUCGAUCUGUCGAGCGUCCUUGCCCACGUCGAAGAGAUCGAGUCACAUGGUCUGUUCUUUUUGUGCUCCCAAUCAAGAAGGGUUCGCGCUUUUGCCAUUACUGUUCUACGGUUGAUUACCGAGUUUGACAGUGCUCUUGGCAAGGAGAACACCAGAAUAAUUCGCAUCCUGGAGGCCGAUUCUCAGCAAAUUCUCGACGUCAAUGAUGAGCACCUUACUGUUGCAGAGCGGAGUCGUAUCCAGAAAGGCAAGCGAAGAAGUGCCACACAGAACACCCUCAUCGAACUUUGCAGCAGUGAAGUGUCUUACGAUUCAACAUUAUGGGCCAAGGUGUUCCCCAAUAUCAUCCGUGUCAGCUUUGAGACUUGUCCUUUUGCUGUAACCCUGGGCAGAGAGAUUGUAUGUGCUCGUCUUGUUCACAUGCACAAGAGUAUCACAUCUCUCGCCGAGAGUACACGAUUCCCUCCAUUUGUCCCUGUGGAUUCAUAUCAGAUUCGCCCUCCCAUUGGAAGAAACAAUGUAACAGCUGAGAUCCUGGUCGAGCAAUGGAAGCUGUACCUGGUCAUGGCCUGCACGACUGUCACCAGCGUCGGUGCCCAGUCUCAGAGUCAGCUAGCAAAUGCUCAACACGCCCGCAAAGCCUCCAAGGGAGCCCAGCAGCCCCAAAACAAGAUCAGUUCUGCUCGGAGUCUGUUCGCCUUUGUCAUUCCCCUUCUUUCCGCUGAGCGGGAUUCAAUCAGGAGUGCCAUCGUGGUGGCCCUGGGUGCUAUUCACAAGAAUCUCUAUCGCACGCUUCUCGAGUCUUUGCAGUACGCUGUCACUACUUGCAACGAAGAGGCCAAGAUGAGAAUUGGCAAUCACUACCGCAGUCCUAGCAGCCCGCGCCGGAACAGAAAGACCGAUCGCCUCCGCACUGAAGUCACCAAUGUCUACAAACUCACUUCUCAUUUCCUUCAAGAACCCGAGGUUUACAAUGACGACUGGAUCGUCAACAACCUGGUUACAUAUGCAAAGGACAUUCGAAUCUUCCUCAGUGACGCCGAGGUCCAGAAUGACUGGGAAUUCCAGCGCUUGCGCUUCCACUUUUGUGGAUUGAUGGAAGAGGUAUUUGAGGGAAUUAAUCGUGCCAAGGAUCCUUCUCGCUGGAUGCCCUUUGAGUCUCGAAAGUCUGCUUUCUCGCUCAUGGAGGAGUGGUGCGGAUACUCGCCGAACCAGUCUCAAAUCUCUGAACGGGAGGAGAACAUGCGGAAGUAUUCACUCGCACAGCCCCAUGAAGCUGGCGAAAUGAGGAACACGGCUGCUGCUAUGGAGAUUGAAAAGAAAAGUCUUCGGGGGGCUGCCCUCAGUGCCAUGGCUUCUCUUUGUGCCGGUCCCAUCAGCAUCGCUACUGAAAGCGGCUCCGUUCUCCAGUUCGAUGUCAUGCGCAUGCUAUCCUGGAUUGAGAUGAUCUUCAGCACUGUCAGUGACAAGUGGCAUGCCAUCGGCCGUCGGGCCCUUAAGAAUCUGAUCAUCCACAAUCAGGAACAUUCGUAUCUGAUGGAGCGAUCGAUUGAGAUGUGCUACAUCACCGAGCGACCAAAGACCAUUGAGAGUUAUUUCGAGGUGGUUACUGAAGUGCUCUUUGAGUACCCAGACUAUCCUCUCAGAUUCUGGAGAAUCCUCGGUGCAGUAUUGGUAACGCUGGGCAAUGAGAAGCGUGAGAUCCGAAUGAAGUCUGCCAAGCUUCUUCGAAAGCUAGAAGAGCGCCAGCAAAAGAACUCAAGGCUUCAAGACUUUGAUAUCAGUAUUUCCGACAAGACAACUGCCGUCUACAAGCUUGCCCAGUUCGAGAUCUCCAAGCGAUUGGCUAGCCAGCACUCCGAUUUGGCUUUCACUAUAUUCUCCGAAUUUUCGUUGCAUUUUCGCAAUCUUCGGCCGGAUAGCCAACGGAACAUGGUUGCUGCCAUCCUGCCUUGGGUUCAAACCAUGGAGCUCCAGGUUGACCCUAAUGGUGGCCCUACUGCCAGGUCAUACAUGCUGCUUGCAAAUCUCUUCGAGAUUACCAUUCGCUGCAGCACAAUCCUGCCAAACCAAGUGCAAGCAUUGUGGCAGGCUUUGGCGACUGGCCCUCACGGAGGCAAUGUCCAGCUGGUGCUAGACUUCAUCAUCAGCAUAUGUCUGGAACGCAAGGAGCAAAAUUUUGUCGAAUAUGCGAAGCAAAUGGUCGUGUUCUUGUCCGGUACUCCGGCCGGAUCAAAGGUCAUUGAGUUCUUCCUAUUGCAGGUUGUGCCAAAGAACAUGGUGCAAGAGCGCAAGAACCUUACUCCACCUCCCCCAGACAUCAAAAGCCUACCUUACGUUGCGGACCUUGCAGCGGUACUCCCUGUUGGCAACAAGCAAGCUGGUCUUUCCCUUGGGCAGGUCGCCCUGAUCUUCCUCGUUGACCUUAUGGUCGCACCGGUCACACUCGCCCUGGAUGAUGUCGUCAAGCUCAUCCAUGUUGUCCUCAUUCUUUGGGACCACUAUACAGUCACUGUACAGGAGCAGGCUCGAGAGAUGCUGGUCCAUCUCAUCCAUGAACUGAUAGCGGCCAAGCUUGAAGAUGAUGCGCCGGUGGGUGCGCGACAAUCCGUCGAGGACUUUGUGGAGUCUAUUCGCAAGAGUGAUCCCGCCGUUGUGUGGGAGUAUGAAGAGAACCAUGGCAAGGACGAAGAAUCCGAUGACCGCCGGGUGCCUGCCUCCAUGGCUACUGUCACUCGCGACAUUGUCACGUUCUUCAGCUUUGCUUAUGAAGGCAUUGGUGAAUUGUGGGCUAAGGAGGCUUUGAACUGGGCUACAUCUUGUCCUGUGAGGCAUUUGGCGUGUCGUUCGUUCCAGAUUUUCCGUUGCAUUUCGACGUCUUUGGAUUCGAGGAUGUUGGCGGAUAUGCUGGCUCGGCUUUCGAAUACCAUUGCGGAUGAGGAGACUGAUUAUCAGACUUUCUCAAUGGAGAUUCUGACCACCUUGAAGAUCAUUAUCAGCUCGUUAAAUCCGUCGGAUUUGUUGAAUUAUCCUCAACUGUUCUGGACAACUUGUGCUUGUCUCAACACUAUUCAUGAAACCGAAUUUAUUGAGAGUAUUGGCAUGCUUGACAAGUUCCUUUCUCGUGUCGAUCUCAGUGAUCCUGCUGUCGUGGCCACGUUGAUUGAAGGCCAGCCACCGAAGUGGGAGGGUGGAUUCGAUGGUCUUCAAGACCUUGUCUUCAAAGGAAUGAAAUCAUCCGAGUCCUUUGAUCGCACCCUUGAUCUUCUGCAUACUCUGAGCGGCCUGCCGAACAAUGAUCUCAUUGGAGAUGGAACUCGACAAUUGUUCACUGUGCUGGCUAACCUGCCUCACUUCCUCCAAUGCUUCGAGCAGGGUUUCACCGACCAGAAAGCUAUCACUCGUGCCAGUCUACUUGCCCGCGUGGCUGAGAAUGAGCGAUGCCCUCGACUCGCAGCUUCGCUGUUCGGGUUUGCGAAUCAGCAGUACAAGACCGCCGGCGUCUUCUUGGAUCAUAUCAUUACUGAGAUCAAGUCGUAUUACUUCCCACAGCUGGACUUCCAGUGCUUGAUCUUCCUCAUGGGUCUUUUGACCAACACUACUGAUUGGUUCCGCCUCAAGACCAUGAGGAUUCUCUGUGUCUUGAUCCCUGAGGUAGACAUGCGCCGGACUGAAGUUACUUGUCACGGCCCGGAUCUAAUCUCCCCACUGCUCCGGCUUUUGCAAACCGAUCUCUGUCCCCAGGCUUUGGAGGUUCUGGAUCACAUCAUCACUGUCUCCGGCAACCCAAUGGAACGUCACCAUCUUCGGAUGAGUAUGGCGUCGGCUAGCUCUUCUCGCGCCAUUCGGAAGGAGUACGAGCGGAUCCAGAGUCUUUACGGUAUCCCUGAACCAUCAGGUUGGUCCGUCCCUAUGCCUGCAACCCAGUCAAGCAUGACUCGGAACAACGUCCACGCUGUCUUCUACACAUGUGUCGAAGCCGAUGACAUGCAUGCUGAAGAUGUCAUGACGCCUGACGUGGCAUUCCAUGCGGACGACUUUAGUGACUCGUUCUUCCCAAUGAGAGCCGAUACCAUGAAGUCAAUCGACACACAGACCGAUGGCAACAUCGGAGACAUCGUGCAGAAGCUGGACAGUCUGGAUGACUUCUUCGAGGAGACCGAUCCAGGUACCCCUGUCAUGAACCCUGUAGCUCCACCAAUGCUGCGGGGAUUCACCGGCAGCUACGUCGAUACCAACGCACAUCUUUACGACCAGCAGACCGCGCCAAUUUUGCGGAAAUCUCUCGCUCGGACGGGCUCAACCUCGUCCUUCCACAACGGUCUAGCCGAGUCUCGACCGCCAAACUUCCGCUUCGACGGACCCGCCGUGUAUUCCCCAGCAGCAAUAGCACCUCCAAACGCCGCACAGAUGUUACGUCCAGUAUCUCACCACACCCGCUCGGUCACCUCCCCGGCCAACAAUCUCUACGUCCACACAACCAAUGCACCAAACUCAACACCAAACGUGGGCCUAACAGACUCGGCUUUCAUGUCCGAUGAUGAGCCCGACGAGGUACAUUCUGAUCUAGACGAACGCCCCGUAACCACAACCACCAAACUAGCCCCACCUCCACCAAUGGUCCGCAGCGCAACAGACGGUCCCCACUCCCUCGAAUCAAUGAUUCGCAGCGGCAUGCGGCGCCUAACAGGCGGCGCGGCGGCAAACAGAGAAAAAGAGCGCCAGCGCGACCUCCUACGCGCUCAGCACCGUGCUAUUGUACAGACGGCUAAUUCUCCUCGUGUCCCCAAGGUUCCGGAGGAGUAUCUCUCGGCUCCGACUAGUCACCCGGCUUCGCCGAGGUAA